GCGGCGGCGGCGGCGGCGCCAUGAGCGGGGGCACCCCUUACAUCGGCAGCAAGAUCAGCCUUAUCUCCAAGGCGGAGAUCCGCUACGAGGGCAUCCUCUACACUAUCGACACCGAGAACUCUACCGUAGCUCUCGCCAAAGUUCGGUCCUUUGGUACAGAAGACAGACCAACAGAUCGUCCAAUACCACCUCGAGAUGAAGUCUUUGAAUAUAUAAUAUUCCGUGGGAGUGAUAUUAAAGACCUUACUGUUUGUGAGCCACCAAAACCACAAUGUUCUUUGCCUCAGGACCCAGCUAUUGUUCAGUCUUCACUAGGUUCAUCUGCUUCUUCAUUCCAGUCAGUGGGCUCCUAUGGACCUUUUGGCAGGAUGCCAACGUACAGUCAGUUCAGCCCAAGUUCAUUAGUUGGGCAGCAGUUUGGGGCUGUUGGUGUUGCCGGAAGCUCCUUGACAUCCUUUGGAACAGAAGCAUCAAGCAGCAGUGCCCUCUCCCAAAGUAGUGCGGUUGGUUCUGCCUUUACACAGGAUACAAGAGCUCUAAAAACACAGCUGUCUCAAGGUCGUUCAAGCCCUCAGUUAGACCCUUUGAGAAAAAGCCCAACCAUGGAACAAGCAGUACAGACCGCCUCGGCCCACUUACCUGCUCCAGCACCUGUUGGGAGAAGGAGCCCUGUAUCAACCAGGCCUUUACCAUCUACCAGCCAAAAACCAAUAGAGAAUCAAGAGCACAGGCGAGUUGAAGUACAUAAAGUCUCAAGACCAGAAAAUGAGCAACUCAGAAAUGAUAGCAAGAGACAAAUAGUUCCAGGUGCUCCUUCAGCUCCAAGGAGAGGGCGUGGGGGUCAUCGAGGUGGCAGAGGAAGAUUUGGUAUUCGACGAGAUGGUCCAAUGAAAUUUGAGAAAGACUUUGACUUUGAAAGUGCAAAUGCACAAUUUAACAAGGAGGAAAUUGACAGAGAGUUUCAUAAUAAACUUAAAUUGAAAGAAGAUAAACUUGAGAAACAGGAGAAGCCUGUCAACGGUGAAGAUAAAGGAGACUCAGGAGUUGAUACCCAAAACAGUGAAGGAAAUGCAGAUGAAGAAGAUCCACUUGGACCUAAUUGCUAUUAUGACAAAACUAAAUCCUUCUUUGAUAAUAUUUCUUGUGAUGAUAAUAGAGAACGGAGACCAACCUGGGCUGAAGAGAGAAGAUUAAAUGCAGAAACAUUUGGAAUCCCGCUUCGUCCAAACCGUGGCCGUGGAGGGUACAGAGGCAGAGGGGGUCUUGGUUUCCGUGGUGGCCGAGGACGUGGUAGUGGCCGAGGUGGUACCUUCACCACUCCUCGAGGAUUUCGUGGUGGAUUCAGAGGAGGUCGUGGGGGCAGGGAGUUUGCAGAUUUUGAGUAUAGGAAAACCACAGCAUUUCAACCCCUAGAAGGUCUGGAUUGAUCAUACGGCUUUCUGAAAGGUAAAAAAAAAAAAGAAAAAAAUGGGGGCAUGUGAAAUUUGGCCUUGGUGGGGACAACAGGAUCGUCUUCAGCUUUCUUUCUGCAUCAACUAAUCCCAUGCUCUUGGUAUUCUAACUUAAUAACAUUGUACAAAUGGUUUCUGUAUAAGCAGAUAAAGUUUUUCACAAAGAAUGUGUGUUUCUAACAGUCAGGAUAAGAAUCGGCAGUAAAAAUCAGCGCAUGGUAGCAGCUAUUCCUGAGGAAAAGAGGAGCCCUUCCCUUGGCUUAUGUGUACAGGCCUUUGGUUUAGAAUUAAUCUCACUGGAAAACUAGAGGCUCCUUGACAUUUUUAUUGCUUUUUAUCCCUGGUUAGUUUUUUUUUUUUUAAAAAUCACAGACAGUGCUCUAGUUUUCAGAACUUGAUUUCAUAUUUUAAAUCAUAAUAUUUAAUAUGUAUUUAAUUAUAUUUAAUAUUUCAUGUUUAUUUCAUAUUUUCAUAAAAGUCCUUUUAAAAUGAAUUUUUCAAAUCAUUGCUUUCUCCUGGCUUGAAACAUUGAAGAGAAAUAUUAUUUUGCCACCUGAUAUUUUAUUGCUUAGUAAAGAUAUCAAAGACUUAGGGAUUUUAUUAAUCUUCUUCCAGUAUAUGUUGUCAGUUGUAUUUGAUGAGUUUGACUACUAUGUCAAGGCUUAAUUAUUUUUUGAAAUUAUUACGACAGCACCAAAGGUAGUAGGGCAUACCUGUGUUUUAACCAGGGGAACUUCUUGCUCUGAUAGUACCACUGCUUUAACCUCUAUUAACUGGAAAAUACAGUUAGCAAUAAUGAGCUACUUUUGAGUGUGUAAGGUAUAAAAAGUGUUUCCUGGAAAUCAGUGAAACAAAUUUAUACGUGAAAGUUAAGAGGAGGGUUAAUUUAAAGGUAAUGAAAAAUAUACUUAAAGUAGAGAGAAAUACUUAUUAAUAAACCCUAGUAGUUUGAAACAUGAGCUAAUUUUUUUUUUCCUUUUUAGAAAGACAACAAAGUUGCUGCAUAGUCUACAAACAAGUCUUUAAAAAUAGAUGGAUUUCUAGUUCUUCGUGGUCCUGAGAAUUGGUUUCAGUCUUUGAGAAGAAUGAAGAAGUGAAUUUGCUGUAUAUUUGUCACCAGCACUGGGUUUUUGUUUGUUUGUUUUUCUGCUUAAUUUCAGAGAUACAAUGCAGUUACUUUUGGGGGUGGGGGGGAAGGCUCAUCUUAAAAAAUGAGCAUUAAUUAUAUUUGGAAUAGCAGAAGGUUAAGUAAUUUCUUAUGUAUAGUUAAACUAAAGCAGUACUCCAGUGAAACUUAUAAGUAUUUUUUCAUCACUGAAAGGAUUUUUCUUAUCACUAAAUUGUAUUUGGCAAUUCCUGCAAGUUGCCUGCAGAUAGGGCCGUGAUACUGUGUUUUGAGCCACAGAAGGGUGUGUGUGUGUGUGUGUGUGUAUCUGUCUGUCUGUCUGUCUGUCUAUAUCUUUUCUUUCCUUUUUUCUUUUUUUUCCUUUCUUUUUUUUUUUUGGAAAUCCUGUAAUAUCCCUUUUGAGGUAGCUUAUUUUGUCAAUUAAUUAGGGUGCUGGAUGGUAGAGAAUUUUGUCAGUCAACUAUGUAUACACAGUAAAUACUGUUUCUUAGGCAAAGGUAACUUUUUUAUAUAGUUGUAAAAUUCCAUUAUAUCCCAUUGCCAAAGAAACAUUAAGAACUUUGUAUAGCUGUAUAAAAAGCAACUAAUUUUUUAAAGAAUAAACAUUUUAAAGUCAGCAAACAUACUGUGUCCUUGCAGAAGUUGAUGUGCUGAGGAGCAGAACUGUGGGUGGGUCUUUUUUUCAUAGCUUUUGAGGCUUAAGAUUGUUGAUUUGAUUUUUUUUUUAAUGUUUGGAACAUAAAUGAAGAUUUGAUACAUUCAUUAUCUAAAAAGGAUAAAUUACUCAUGCUUGUUGUAAGAACUUUAUUUUGUAGCAAAUGGCAUAUCACAGGAUUUAUCCAAAUAAUAGAUAUUUUCAGUAUACAAAUGUAAAUAAUCAUAGAUAAGAAUGUAUUAGCUGUAUUUUCAAAUAAGUAUCCCCCCUUUUUUAAGACAAUAAAACUAGGUGUCAAUUAACCUGUUCUUCCUGAUAUGCCUGGAAUUUUGUUGUGAUAUUUGACUCAUUCCAUUAUAUUUCAAGAGGAUUCAGAGUGCUAGAAACUAUUUUGGCAGCCUAUGAGAUACCAUAACACUGGUCUUUAGGCCUGUGACCCACAAAUGACUCAGUAUAGAGUUCAUUGCUAAUGUUAAAUUGUUAGUAAAUCUUUUUGCUAUUUUAAGCUGUAGUGGUGGGGGUGGAAAUCUGGCCACUUUUGUGUUUUUAUGAAGGCCAUGGAAUAAAGGGAUCCAAAGAUUUAAAUAUUUUUAUCUAUUUUGAUUUUUGUUAACUUUCUCCUUAAAAUAAUCAGUAGUGGUAAAGAUACAAAAAACUGCACUGUAGGAGAAUUGAAAUAUUUAAAGGUGGUUGAUAUUUUUAAUUUUAAUUUUAUAUCUUUUGUAUGGCUCUACAAGAAAAUGUUUUGUAAUUCAGUUUCAGUAUUGAGGUCCAGUACUUAGUUUAGAUGAUAUUGUUUAAUACUGUUUGCUUGCAUGUUAACAAAAUCUUUUGGAGGACCCACAAAUUAUGAUAUUGACCACAUUUCUGAGACAUUCAGAACAUCAAAGCAAGUGCUAUGACAAUAGCUGUGUAGACUGUCCGAGAUAUCCUGGGCUACUUUGAAGAAAAAAGAAAAACUGUAGAUACCAAUUCUACAUGCUCUGAAAGUAUGAAUUCAUGCAUUUUUCAAGCCCUCUGGGUCAUUGACUGGGGCAUUUGGUACCCCAAUAAUAACUGGCAGCAUGACAUACCUGCAGUGCACCUUGCAAUAUUAAAGCAGAUUUUUAUUCUGAGACAGAAUAAAAUUAUUCAAUAAAAAA